AUGAACCCAAGGCUUCUCCUCAGAGUUUCCCCUCUGAUCCGACCGUCCAUCCCCAACACUGCAUCCCAGGUCCGAGCGAGACUCUACACCACCAAGAUGGCGAACCGUGUCCACCGAAUCACCAUGUUCAAGAUGCCCAGCGAGGACGACCGGGCCGUUCUGCUGGAGCAGUACAACAAGCUGAAUGCCAACCAGCAAAAGGACGGCAAGCCCUACAUCCUGUCCAUGGUGGUCGGUGCCGCCGAUGAGGAUGCCCGAUCUCAGGGAUACCACUUUGUGUCCAAGACCGAGUUUGCCAGCAUGGAGGACAUGAAGUACUACGACGACGAGUGCAAGGCCCACGGCGACCUCAAGACGGUCGUCAAGACGCUGGGCGUCCAGGGCGUCUUGACCAUUUACUUUAAGCCUCAGGCUAUUGGUGGCAUUGAUAAUGCUUGA